AUAUGACUCUUUUCCUUUGCGACCCAGUCAGCUAUCGAUUUGUGUCUUGGUCUCAGUUCUUAUAACACAUUUUUGUGCAUAUCGUUAGAAAUGGCGAGCCAGACACAGGGGAUCCAACAAUUAUUGGCUGCUGAGAAACGCGCCGCUGAAAAGGUCUCCGAGGCGAGAAAGCGGAAAGCAAAACGCCUAAAGCAAGCUAAGGAGGAGGCUCAGGAUGAGGUUGAAAAGUACAGACAGGAACGCGAGAGGCAGUUCAAAGAAUUUGAGGCCAAGCACAUGGGUACAAGGGAAGGUGUUGCCGCUAAAAUUGAUGCUGAGACCCGGGUUAAGAUUGAGGAGAUGAACAAAAUGGUCCAGACCCAGAAGGAAGAUGUAAUCACUGACAUCCUCAACUUGGUGUAUGACAUUAAACCGGAGCUUCACGUUAACUACCGCAUACAAUAAGUCAAUGUGUUUGUUAUGGUCAAAUUCGCAUCUAUGAAAUCUUAAUGCGAACUCAAUUAUUAUAGUUCUUAUUGUUAUUACACUGUUUUAAAUCUGUAGGCAUUUGGCACAAUAUUAGAGCGCGUAAACGUCAAAGUGACAGUUGCGCGGCGCGGGAAAAUGCAAAUGGCCGCCAUACUCGAUAUGUACGAAACGAGUUUGCUUAAUUUUUUCCCUCUUAUUAAAUUAAUUAUUACUAAAUAUUAAUAAUAUUUACUCAGAAAUCAGCUCGAUAUCAUUCCAAUGAGAAGAAACGUCAACAUCGGUCCGCUAUGAACGCAUAUUUUAACUUAUAAUCUUAUUAUUCCAUGUUGUAUGUUUAAUAGAAAUAAAUGGAUGUUUAACUAUGAAGAUUUUGAAAGUUUUUUUUUUAAUCUUCAACUUUAUCGAGUAGAAAGUUGGUGUACUUUAUUAGAAGAAAUAUAUUAUUGAUGUAACA